AAGACAAAGUCACCAUCAUCCGUGAAGAACAAAAACUGCGAAUGAAAAGUGAUUUCGGGGAGAAAAAUUGAAGCCUUUUCAUGUGAUUUAAGAUUUUGUGAAUUUGUGAUUGUGCAAAAUUCAUUGUAGACUGUGUUUGUAAAGUAUUUUUGGAGCAAAGUUCCCAAAAAAACGUACCGCUUGGUAGUAAUAUGAGUAAUGUUACCAACCAAAAUGGAACAGGUCUAGAGCAGCAGCUUGCUGGUCUGGACUUGCAGCCUCAGGCUCCUAAGAGUACUAGCCGGUACAUCCCUCCGCAUCUGCGUAGGCAGUUGGAUGCAAAAGGUGAAGAGCCUAAGCGUCCAAGCUUAGAUACUCGUCCGAACGACGCACGAGACAACCGUUCAUCAUUCGGAGGCAACUCUAGAGGCUACGACCGUGGUGGUCGGCGCGACGACCGCGAUCGUGAACGCGACCGUGACUACGAUCGCGGCUACGACUCGCGAUACCCGCGCAGAGACCGCGGUCGUGACAGCGGAUAUCAGAAUGGAGAUUCCGAGCGUUGGCCGGAGCCAGAGCGCCGGAGCGGCGGCGCCAGCGGCGGAGGCGGUAGCGGCGGCUCUGGAGGAAACGCUGCAGGCGCGGCCGGCGGCGGUACUGCUAGCGCCGCGGGCGGUGCGACCGCUGGCGGCAGCGCUACUGGCGGCAACAGCGCCCCUAGCCGCGGACCGAUGCCGUCGCGCGACAUACGGCGCGACGAGGACUACAAUGAGCCGCCACCGCCACGCAACGACCGCUGGAAGGAGCCAGAGCCGCGCUCCGACGAACGCUCACAGUCGCGCUGGGCGUCCGACGACGUGCGACGCACCUCGUCGCGCCGGGACGAGAACGACUGGACAGUCCCGCUACCUCGCGACGAGCGGCAGGAGUUGGAGCUGUUUGGCACUGGCAACACAGGCAUCAAUUUCUCCAAAUACGAGGAUAUACCAGUUGAGGCCAGCGGUGACAAUGUGCCAGACUUCAUUACAACCUUUGAUGAUGUUAACCUGACGGAAAUAAUGCGCUCAAAUAUAACGCACGCCCGCUACGAUAAGCCCACACCGGUGCAGAAAUAUGCGAUCCCGAUAGUGUUGGGCCGGAGAGAUGUCAUGGCGUGCGCGCAGACAGGUUCGGGAAAGACAGCCGCCUUUCUCGUGCCCAUUCUCAACCAGAUGUACGAGGCGGGACCAGUUAAGCAGCCUUUUAUCAGACGCAAACAGUAUCCCCUCGGAUUAGUGUUGGCACCCACUCGCGAGCUCGCAACACAGAUUUUCGACGAGGCCAGGAAGUUCGCCUAUCGCUCACGUGUGCGACCGUGCGUUGUAUAUGGUGGCUCCCCAAUCCUGGACCAGUUCCGCGAGUUAGAACGUGGUUGCCAUCUUCUCGUGGCUACACCGGGCCGACUGGUGGAUAUGCUUAAUCGCGGGCGAGUGGCGUUGGACCAUUGCCGCCAUCUUGUGCUGGACGAGGCCGACAGAAUGUUGGACAUGGGUUUCGAGCCUCAGAUCCGCAAGAUCGUCGAAUGCAACACAAUGCCCAAGACCGGCGAACGACAAACACUUAUGUUCUCUGCUACUUUCCCGAAGCAAAUACAAGUUCUCGCUCAGGACUUUCUUUAUAAUUAUGUUUUCCUCGCUGUCGGUCGUGUCGGAUCUACUUCUGAGAAUAUCACCCAAAAGGUGGUAUGGGUAGAGGAACAAGACAAACGAUCCUUCCUGUUGGAUUUAUUAAAUGCGUCGAACUUGCUUCAACGCUCGCCUGAAGACGACCAGCUUACCCUCGUCUUCGUGGAAACUAAGAAAGGUGCCGAUCAACUAGAAGAAUUUCUGGACGCCGAUGGCUACCCAGUGACGUCGAUCCACGGUGAUCGUACGCAGCGCGAGCGCGAGGAGGCAUUGCGUCGCUUCCGCACGGGACAGACGCCCAUUCUAGUCGCCACGGCUGUUGCCGCUAGAGGCUUGGAUAUCCCUCACGUGCGUCACGUGAUAAACUUUGAUUUGCCGUCGGACGUUGAGGAGUACGUGCACCGCAUCGGUCGUACAGGCCGUAUGGGUAACCUCGGGGUCGCCACGUCCUUCUUCAACGACUCCAACCGCGGCCUGGCACGGGACCUGGUGGAGCUUCUCGUUGAAGCUAAGCAGGAUGUUCCUAAUUGGCUCACGAGCGCAGCCGUGGACGGACGCUCGGGAGGCGGUGGCAGACGUGCAGGGGGAGGCAGUCGCUCAGGCGGCGGUCGCUUCGGAUCCGGUAGCGGCUUCGGCGCCCGGGACUUCCGUACGCAGCCGCGACAGGCGCAGAGAUCUGCCGGCCCCUCCACUAUUGGAGGAGGUUUCGGAUACGGCGGUGGAUCGUACGGCGGCAACUAUGGAAGUUCGUACAGCGGUGGUGGCGGCGGCAACAGCGGGGGUCCCGACUGGUGGGGCGAGUCUUAAGUGCACUCACACACCGUCACACCGCUCGCCGCUCCGCCCGACCGUGACCGAUCACCUUAACCAGUGCCGUCAUAAAGACGUCACAUGCCAGCUCUUUACACGGUCCAACACAACCUAUAACAUUGGCAGAUGUUCUCGAAACUAUAGAGAAGGUACUUUGGACGACUUUGAUUCCAAAUUUGUCCUAGCACUCCUCUCUACAGGUUUGCCGAUAUUGUUGGUAUUAAAAUAAGUACUCCUAUCUGAAGUUGCAACACGGAAGUUUGCGCAGAUACACAUCACGCUCACAGCCCUAUUUUGUCGCGCAAACAUUCGCCUCGUAUUUAGAUUAGACUACUCGUUUUUCAAUUACUGUGUAAUCCAUUUUUUUUAACUUUUAUUUUGAUUUAAACAUUCUUUUCGUUUCUUUUUAGUGCAAAGACUGUUUAAAAAUAUUAAAAAAAAAUAAACAAAGACAUACACAAUAAAAAACGCUUGUUAUUUUAUUAUUUUUCACAGACUUGUUUUUAAUUAUAUUUAAAAAAUACUUCACUCUAAAAAGUUCUGAAAAGAUUGUUUACGUUAUAAAAAUUGUAAGAAAAAAUGGAGUAUACAUGGGAUUCGGCCUUGUAAAGAGCUGACAUCAUGCGCAUGCUUUACACUACAUGCAACACAACAAUAUAAUAACUAAUGAAUGCUACAGAUGUGCUAAAUUAAUAUUGCGCUUACUUGCCCGAAAUAUUCUUUUUUUGUGAAUCAUCAAACAAAUAAAAUAUUUUGGUUUCGGUUCAUUAUUUUACUUAAGAACAUUUCGCCAAUUUUGUUGAUUAUAGUUAUCCACUUUUGUAAAGAAUAUUGUAUAAAGGAUGGCAUUUUAUUCCUGAUAAAUUAGUUUAAGAAUGUGUGUCUGUAGAACCAUGUUGUGUGUUAAAUGUAGUGUAAAAUAUGCUUGCAGUCCAAACAAAUUUUGAGAUUCCUUAUAGGUUGCAGUAAACUGUAUGACUUAAAUAUGUGCAAGUUACAACUCAAAAGUGGUCAUUUAGUUUGGUGUAACUCAUAAUUUACUGUGUCAAUAAAUUUGCAUGGAUUAACAAUGACGUUGUAACCCUUAUAUGAAUCAAUCCGAGUCACAACACAUAAACUCAAAAUUAUCAAUGUGAUACCCGAGCGUAUCUCAAGGGCUCUGACCUUAAGCAUCGUCCAAUAAAUUGUGCCACAUUUGUGUCCAUUCGCACACUAACUUUAAAGUUGGAUUUCACAGUCCGUUCCACCCAGGUAUCAUGGUUCAAACUAAAUUCGUGAACCAAAGUAGGCGUACCGACACGCACAAAACUAGCUUCUUAAUAGAAUCAUGCUGGAGUGGAACCCUAAAGUACUUUCAAUUUGUUCUAUCGAUAAUGUUAUCAUCGGACAAGAUCAGUCUAUUUUUUUCUUCUUAUUCCAAAGAACUAUAACCUAGCUUUUCACCUGAUAAAAUCAUUAUAUAUAAAAAAAUUCAAAAUUUUCCCAAAUUGUUCCAUUGUUUCAUUCCAAUAUUUUUCAAAUGGCCAGUUUGAUAAUAAUAAUAAUCAGUCUUAAUACUGUUUGUACUAUAGAACAAUUUGGGAAAAAAAUAUAUAGGGUAAUUGUACCUAUCACCGUCACUUCACUAAUUAUUUAUUGACAUCUCGAUAGUUUGUUCUUGAAUUAUAAAAAAAUAAUCAGUGCUAGUAACCAACAUGUAAAGCCACCUAAUAAAGGUAAUAAGUAUUUUAGUAUAACCUCUAAUAUUUGUUACCUACGUUUUUGAAAAAUUAAAUAGUAUGCAUGCAUGUAUUUUUAACAUUAUUGGUAGUAAUUUGCUAGUUAACACUCCGUAUCACAAAUAUAUCAUGCAAAGCAAUUGAGUUUCUCUAGUUUCUCAAAUUAGUGGUAAUAAUUUAGUGUUUUACCCUAUAGUUUUAAACAAAGAAAAAGAAAAGAAAAUAUGUCUUAAUUUGUCCGAUGACAUGAACAAAUGGGGACUAUCCAAACCGGAACCGUGGACUUCGAACUUAAAGAAAUGUGCAAAUUUUUAGGAUAGUUUUAUUAAUCGUACUCUUGGGAGUCGGACUGACAUUGACCGGUAAAGUAAAUUUUUAUGUGGAGAGAGCGGUGCGGUAGACACUUGUAUAUGCGACGCGACGCAAUCUCUGAAUCUCAGGUCAGGUGUGAAUUGCCGUUGCGUCCUUAAAUUUUACAUAAAAAUCAUAAUACGGCAAUUAGGGCCACAAUAUAAAAAGGAAAACCAUCGCGAGAAGACGCUACUAAUUUAUAUGUGAAGUGAAACGUCAAUCGUCCUAGCUAGCUAAUUUAAUUUUUUUAUUCAUAGAAUAAUACUCGUAAAAAAGCCUAGGGCUUGAAAGUAAAAAAUAAAUAAUACACCAGUAAGAUAUAAAUUUUUUUGAUGAAGGGAUGCAUACAUAUAUUUCGGUCGGCAUUUAUUUCUGAACAACAACGCUAACCAACUACUAAAUUAUUUCAUCCGGGUUGUGCCGAUCGGCAAUGUCUUAAAUAUCGAACACACACAAACACCCCCACACCCCCACACCCCCACACCCCCACACAAUAUUUGGUUCCUACCUCCCGGCUGUGCCGAUUGUUACCGACCCGCAUAUGUGUAUAACACGCCUAAGCGAUUUUAACAUUUGUGUGAAAUUUUAUCGAGAAUGUUUCAUGCGUAUGUAAACCAGUCGCGUAAACUUCUUUCAAAAAUUAUUAAAGGUUCGUUUCGUGACGUAACAUAAAUGGAUAUUAUAUUAAAAUUAUGACCUGGCACAAAUAAAUCUAUAGCCACAAAGAGCCAAACUAUAAAUAGUUUGGCUCUUUGUGGCUGUAGUAGUUUUCUUAUGUACUGACACCCGAUUACUAAAAGGAUGUUGCAUUUUAAAUGUCUUUGUCGUAUGUCAUGUAAAAACAUUUUAUUUUCAGUAUUGGAUAUAUAUGCUCCAUUUUGGUCUUGGUACAGAUAUUACUUAACAACAAAUAGAAGAACAUAUGAUCAUUUAUAUAUUUAUUGAUAUGUAUAUAUUUAUAUUUUGCACCUGUUAUCUGAUAACGUUGCACGUAAACCCAGUGACACUAACACCAAAUAAAACUUGUAACGAUACUGGCGCAUAGUAGUGACAAAUAAAAAUGGUGGUCCUAAUUUGCCUGUUUUUGAGAGCGCGAAGACUCGCGAUUAACAGACUUAAAGUGAAUUAUCACAGCUAUUACUACUAAACAAAAUUAAAGAAAUGUAAUAAAUACUUAAUUUUAAACAACAUUAAUGAACUAGUAAUUUAUCAUUUGAAUACAGGAAACCCCAUUGUGACAAUUCUCUUAGAUUUUUGUUUUAUAAUAUAAAUACAUUUAUAUUAAAUGAAUUGUGAUUU